UUAUAGUUCCAUGUUUGACAGAUGCCAAGGUGCAUAAUUGCYAUCCAUGGAUGGGUAAAACUGUGAAUAGUACUCGAUCAGUCAGACUUCUUGUCAAGGAAUUUUACCAAGGGAUGAGCAAUAUGUAUUCUUAUGGAGUGAGACAAAUAAGCAAGGCCAAUCMCGUUGUGUACAGUAAUACCAUCAAGUUGCUACACAAGCAGCAUCGUGUCUUUGCUAUUAGUCAUGGUAAUCAAGUUUGUGUGUCAUCAAAGAAAGUCGUCAUUGUGGACCAAAAUGGAGAAAACGAAACCAGGACUGAAAAGUGUGAACGAACAUGUUUUAAACUGAAUGAAACUGCAGUCUUGAAGACUAAAGUUGAAGAGGGAGGGAGGUUAUCACAAGGAAAAUYCCCAAUUCUGUGCUGUCUGUGGAGCUCUACAACAUGGCUUGAAGUUUCUGUUGAAAAACCAAGGUACAAGUGUUUACGUUGUGAGGGCAACCGUUGCCAAGACAACAGUACAUCAUUAUUGACCAACUGUGCGCCAGGUCAAGGCUGUUUUUCGAUGGUUUUUACGAUUAGAAGAGACAACAAAACGAUAGAUUACCCAGUAAAAGGUUGUACUGAUGAUGCUGUUAUGUUCAGCCGGGGUUGUUGGAACGAUUGCCGUAAGAUUUCUGUCAAUUAUGACAUGUGUAUAGAGUGUUGUUAUGGUAACAGUUGUAACAAGGGUAACAAAGAGAAUGCAACCAUGGAUACGACCAUUCAUGCGGUUACAGCAAAACCCAACAAAAUACAGAAAAGAGACAAAAGAAAUAUCGGUAUUAACAAUAAACUUUUUUCUUGGCCACUUUUAUGUCUAAUCUGCCUCAUGCGUUUAUUUGUAUAAAAUGUUUCUGACAAGUUUUCAGUAGUCACUCGUUKACUGGUCCGCACUAAUAAUGCCAGUUUUUCAAGUAAAAUGAAUUUACAGCUUGUUCAAUCGUUCAAUUCAUAUUUAUACCUUCAGCCGUAAACAUUUAGUUGUGUUACCAGUCUUGAUCUGAUGAUGUGUAAAUAUACAUGUAGCUAUUGUGCAAAGGUUUUC